AUGUCGAAGACAAUUAUCGUCACCGGUGCCUCCCGAGGCAUCGGCCUCUGCAUCACCGAAUACCUCCUCACAACCCCGCAACAACACAACGUCGUAGUCGUCGCCCGAACCCUCGCCCCGCUCCAAGCUCUCAAAGAAAAAUACCCAAAGCAAGUUGAAGUCGUCAACGGCGACCUGGCGGACUUUAGCCUCGCGCAAAAGGCCGUCGACGUCGCCGUUGGUAAAAUAGAUGUCGCUAAUACGGAUGAGUGGAAGGCUGGCUUUGAUGUGAACUUUAUCAGUUUGGUUGCUUUUACAAAAGCAGCCCUCCCACACCUCCGCACCACCAACGGCAAAAUAAUCUUCACCUCCUCCGGCGCCUCCGUAACCGGAUACCGAGGCUGGGCCCUCUACGGCGCGACAAAGGCCGCAAUGAACCAUCUCGCCAUCAGCCUCGCGGCCGAAGAACCCGACGUCGUCUCCGUCUCCAUUCGGCCCGGAAUGGUCGAUACAAAUAUGCAGCGCGAGCUCCGGGAGGAUCAUGCUACUAGUUUGGACGCGGAGAUGCAUGCUAAGUUUACGGGGGUGCAUAAGGAUGGCAAGUUGUUGAGGGUUGAACAGCCUGGGCAUGUUAUGGGGAAACUUGUGCUUGAUGCGCCGGUUGGUUUGAGUGGGAAGUUUCUUUCGUGGAAUGAUCAGGAGUUGGGUGCAUUUCAGGAAUGA